CUAUGUUCAGGAGAUAUCGAAUUUCCAUUCAAUUAUGAAACUGCCUGUCUUUAACACUCUAUAAAUUAGAUUAUUUGAACCCCUUCAUUCCUGUCAUAGAAGAGCAGAAGGCUGAUCAGAAAUGAAGCUGUUGCCCCAGUUACUAUAUGUGGCAGUAGCAGUAGCCUUUUUUCCUCAGCCCUGCCUUGGACAGGAGAAAUGUGGAGGAAUUCCAGGACUCCCAGGAACCCCAGGGGCUAAUGGGUUACCUGGGAGAGAUGGACGUGAUGGCAUGAAAGGUGAUCCAGGACCACCAGGUCCUAUGGGCCCCCCUAAUGGUCUGCCAGGUGCUCCUGGAAGAGAUGGACUUCCUGGUCCAGAAGGGCCUAGAGGUGAACAAGGAGAAAAGGGGGAAAGGGGGGCUCCUGGACCAGAAGGUCGUCCAGCUUUUCUUGAUCCUGAAGUGCAGGAAAUCCUGAGAAGUUUGCAGCAAAGAAUUGCGAAACUUGAAAGGGUCCUUGCUUUAAAAGGAAUGAUUAAUAAAGUGGGGAACAAAAUAUUUGCUACCAACGAAAUGGUCGUCAAUUUUGAAACCACACUCCAAACAUGUCAGGAUUUGGGAGGUUCUGUUGCACAGCCUAUGAACGAAGAGGAGAACGAUGCGGUCUUGAGUAUUGUGAAAAGGAUAAACCAGUAUGCAUACCUUGGAAUUAAGGAGAGUUCUGUUCCAGGAGAAUUUGAGUAUCUAGAUGGAACAGCUCUGAAUUAUACAAAUUGGCGUCGAAAUGAGCCAAAUGGCAAGGGAUACGAAAGCUGUGUUGAGAUGUACACCGACGGAGGCUGGAAUGACAAAAAAUGUAACCAGUACCGUCUCAUUGUUUGUGAAUUUUAAACAUAUCCCCCUAACUAUUUGACAGACCCUAAACCAGAAUGGCUUCUGUGGUUUUCUGGGGGCUGUAGUUCUAUGAAGGCACUCAACCUACAUUUCAGAAAAGCCCUCACUUGACUGCAGUUGUCAGACCUCCUAAUGAGAACCACAGUAGUCAAGCUUUCAAAAGGUAGUAAUGUAAGCAUUAUAAAAUCUGUUGGGUGUUUCUUUUAAUGCAAUCGAUGGGUUUCUGACAAAGAUUUGAAAUAUCAAAUGAAGAACAUCAGAAUUUCAAGAUUUGUAAAGAAUUUAAAUAAAAAAACAGAUUAUGAGUGCUA